AUGCCUUGUGAGUCACCAAUGGCAGUUUCUCACUCACUCAUUCAAAUCAUCUCCAAAUCAACUGUAUUUCCGGCAACACAAUCCACCCUUCCUGACCUCAAGCUCUCUGCUUCCGAUCUUCCCAUGCUUUCUUGCCACUAUAUCCAGAAGGGCAACCUCUUCCUCCGCCCUCCAAUCGUCAUCUCCGAUCUUCUCUUCCUUCUUCGAGAAGGUCUCUCCAGAGUUCUUACUCAUUUCCCACCUCUCGCUGGCCGUCUAAUCACUGACGCCAAUGGCUACGUCUAUAUCACCUGUAACGACGCCGGUGUUCAAUUCCUUCACGCCAAUGCUACUCAUAUCUCUGUUACUGAUAUCGUUUCCCCUCUUCAUGUUCCCGAUUCCGUCAAAGGCUUUUUCGCCUUUGACAGAAUGGUUAGCCACGAUGGCCAUUUUAAUCCUCUUUUGGCUGUUCAGGUCACGGAGCUUCACGACGGUGUUUUUAUUGGGUUUUCCGUUAAUCACGCGGUUGUCGAUGGAACUUCCUUGUGGAAUUUUAUUAAUACUUUUGCAGAGGUUUGUAGAGGAGUGAAAUUGAUCACAAAACAACCUUGUUUUACCCGUGAAUCGGUGUUGAUUUCUCCGGCGGUUUUAAAAGUCCCCGCCGAUGGAUUAAAAGUCACGUUUGAUGAGUUUGCACCACUCUGUGAAAGGGUUUUUAGUUUUACCAGAGAAUCGAUUUUGAAACUAAAAGACAGAACAAACAAUCGGAAAAAAAUAAAUUCUUAUGGAGAAAUUAACGCUGCUGAAGUAAUGGGGAAACAGAGUAAUGAUCCAAUUAAGCUUUCCGACGACAAGGUGACGGCGUUAAUCGGUAAUUGGAUUCGAAACGCCGUCGUCACAAAAGCAGAACCGGUACCGGAGAUUUCUUCUUUUCAGUCUUUAUGUGCGUUGUUAUGGCGGGGAGUGACACGUGCAAGAAAAUUCCCAGAUUCUAAAACGACGACGUUCAGGAUGGCGGUGAACUGCCGUCACCGGCUGGAACCGAAGCUUGAAACUCUUUACUUCGGAAACGCAAUUCAGAGCAUUCCGACGUACGCUUCCGCCGGUGAUGUCCUGUCGCAUGAUCUCCGGUGGUGCGCCGAGCAACUGAACAAAAACGUGUUAUCCCAUGACGACACGAUGGUCCGUCGUUCUGUAUACAAUUGGGAGCAGGACCCACGGUGUUUUCCGUUGGGGAACUUCGACGGAGCCAUGCUGACGAUGGGCAGUUCGCCAAGAUUUCCGAUGUUUGAUAAUGAUUUCGGGUGGGGGAAACCGGUUGCGGUGAGGAGCGGGAGAGCGAACAAGUUUGAUGGUAAGAUAUCUGCGUUUCCCGGGAGGGAAGGUGGUGGUAGUGUGGAUUUGGAGGUGGUGCUUUCGCCGGAAACAAUGGCGGAACUCGAAUUGGACCCAGAGUUCAUGCAGUACGUUUCGAUAGCAUUUCCGAUUUAUAAUUGCUUGUGGGAGCACGACUACGUCUGGUGGAUGUGGGUUUUCUUUGAUUAUGUCAAAGAUCACAAAUUUGAAUUUGGGUAUGUCACCAUGAGUGGUAGCUUAAUUGCGUACAACGUGUUCGGCGAAAUUCCUCAAUGA